AUGUUUGCCGACUUCCCUGCCCCUGUCCUGUCUUCCUGUGACGGCGACGUAUAUGGCGAAAACCGUGGCUACGCCUGUAUUCCACGGUGGUCAGAUGUGUGGGACUGCUACGUCUGCCACUACUGCCUGGAAGAGAUGGAGAUUGAAGAGUAUGAGUAG